UUUUUUUCCUGCUGAGUGAGAGAAGUGUUACUGCUGAGAGAUCCUAUCAUGCCUAGGACAGGCUGGCUGAGGGUGAUGCUCUGCUAGUGAGCUGGGAUGAUGGUCCAUGGCCUCUUGCUGGGCUUGUGCUAGUGUAAAGCUCUCCUCUCCACAAUGACCCUGGACAGGACUCUGCAGGCUGCCAGGCUGGGGGAUCUGGACACCCUCAGGAGCCUCCAUGCUGAGGGCCAGCUAGAUCAGGGCUUGAAGGAUCCCAUGGGGGCUUCAGCUGUACAUCACGCUGCCCGGGGGGGCAAACUCGCCUGCCUUCGCUACUUAGUGGAUGAGGCGCAGUACGAGGGCAACUGUAGGGCUAGGAAUGGGGCUACCCCUGCUCACGACGCUGCGGCCACCGGUAACCUGUCCAGCCUGCAAUGGCUGCUGACACAGGGAGGAUGUGACUUUGAGGACAAAGACAAUUCAGGUGCCACUAUUCUGCAUUUAGCAGCCAGGUUUGGCCACCAUGAAAUAAUUGGUUGGUUAUUACGAUUCGGAACCAAUGAUGCAAUGGUAACGACAGAUACAGGAGCACUGCCUGUGCACUAUGCCGCGGCCAAAGGAGAUAUCACUGCAUUACAACAUCUCUUAGAGUACUGUCCAAAUGCUAUCAAUUCUCAGACGAAGAAUGGUGCCACACCCCUCUACUUAGCCUGUCAAGAGGGACACUUAGAAGUCAUCCAAUAUCUGGUCAAGGACUGUGGGGCUGAUCCUCAUAUAAGGGCCACUGAUGGAAUGACACCCCUACACGCAGCUGCCCAGAUGGGCCACAGCACAGUCAUUGUAUGGUUGAUGAGCUGUACAGACAUCAGUCUUUCAGAUCGAGAUUCAGACGGAGCAACUGCCAUGCACUUUGCUGCUAGCCGAGGUCAUGCCAAGGUUCUGAGCUGGCUCCUUCUCCAUGGAGGUGACAUGAGCACUGAUAACUUUGGAGGAACGCCUCUACAUGACGCUGCUGAGAAUGGAGAACUGGAGUGCUGUCAGAUUCUUGUGGUCAAUGGUGUAAAGCUUGGAAUCCGAGACCACGAUGGGUACACAGCUGCAGACCUCGCUGAAUAUAAUGGACAUCUCCAUUGUGCUAAAUAUCUCAGGACUGUGGAAAAUAUGAGUGUGGAACAUAGGGUCCUGUCACGUGAUCCUUCUCAAGAUUUGGAAUUAAAACAGCCAGAUUCUGGGAUGUCUUCUCCAAACACCACCAUGUCAGCACAACCAGCCCAUUUCGACAUUGGAUCUCCUUCUAGUACUUUGUCAAACUAUGACUCGUGCAAUUCAAGCCAAUCUAGUGUUGGAGACAAGAAGCUGAACCAACAUGCGGGCCACGGAUCAAGACCCCCUGAAACAGCCAUUGCUGAUAUGCAGACAUAUAUGGACAUGUUGGAUCCAGAAGUAGGUCCUAAUGGUAACAAGAAAAAUACCAAUCCAUCCAUCCCACCUCCUCCACCAGCCUUUCCACCUCCUCCACCACCUGUACCGGAUUCUAGACCUCCACCACCUCCAUGCUACCCUGCGCCAAGCCCCCCUGAGGGGCAACACACAUCGGAUAUCUAUGUUCAAGCAAAGAACAAUCUCCGACAUGUUGAUAACGAGGUAUUGUAUGAAGAGCUGCCAUCCCGUGAAAACAGUCCAGAAGGUCUUCGAAGGGUGGAUUCCUGUAGGAAAUCAAGAAAUUUCAACAAACAGCCCAGCACUGGGGAUUAUUACAAAUAUCUAGGCCAGAACACAGGAGACUCUUCGGAAAAUAAAAAGAUGGCACACAGUGAGGAGGGAUCUCUUCUCUCAAAUGAAAGUGUGCACAAUGGUAAUGCUUCAGACAAUAAAACUUUGGGGAACAUACCACCUCCUCCGCUUCCUCCCCCACUCCCAGAAAACCUGUGUUAUCCCCCACCCCCUCCCCCAUUGCCAACAGAGGCUUCAGUCGCAAGCUCUAUCAACCGACGGUCGUCCAAUUCUACUGGAAAAGUGAAAGCCCUCAGACAAAGAACGAGUACCAAGUCAUUCAACAUGAUGUCCCCAACAGGUGACAACUCAGAACUUUUGGCAGAGAUUAAAGCUGGAAAAAGUUUAAAACCCACUCCACAAAGCAAAGGGCUCACUACAAUUUUCUCGGGAAGUGGGCAACAUGGAACAAAUGCUGAAGUUCAGAGUCCAUCAACACCUCCUCCCUUAUCUCCUGCAAGCUCCCCAGUAAACACAAAUCAUCCGCCCAGCAAGGGGGCAGCAAAAUCUAGUGAACCUUUGCUUAAUGGAAACACCACGCCACCUGUACCUAUCCAGACCGCACAGAUUGAUAUUGAGUCACUAAUACCAACCCACGACGAGCAGGGAAGGUCUAUACCGGAGUGGAAACGGCAAGUUAUGGUGAGAAAGUUGCAACUGAAAAUUCAAGAAGAAGAAGAGAAGAAACGCAAGGACCAGGAAGAAUCCGAACGCUUGUCUACCUUGCCAGCAUGGCGCAGAGAAAUCUUAAGGAAGAAAAUGGAAGAAGAGAAAGAACAGAAACGGAAAGAAAAGGAGAAGUUGAGGAAAGAAGAGGAGGAAAAAGAAAAAGAACAAUCUGAAAAGCUAAGGACACUCGGUUACGAUGAAACAAAGUUAGCACCUUGGCAGAGGCAAAUUAUUCUAAAGAAAGGGGACAUUGCUAAACACUAAUGGAAAUUCAUUUAUAACCAUUAUACUCUUAAUUUAAUGUCAAACUGUACAUCCUCACUGCCAGCUGUUCAAUAGGUGAAGAGUGGAAGCAUUUGCACAGCUGCACUUCACUAUAACUGGAUCAUUUACUUAACACCCUGAGUGCCAGAGAGUGAGCAAUGCAUUGUCUACUACUCUGGAGCUCACAUGGGUUAAGCAACAAUUUGGAUUUAAAGAAUCAAGUUAAACCUACAAAAGGAAAUGGUUGAUAUGUAAUGUUGCAAUAUGUGGAAUUCAGAUGUUAGAAUUACGACACAGGAAGUUUACAUAUAUAUUGUUCUGUAGCAAAAUUAGAAAAUGUGUCUCUUUAUGUUUAUUUUUUCAUAAACUAUAUUCAGCGCUAUAUUCACUAGAUAUUAUAAAAAAUGUACACCGACUGAAGGCAACUGGAGUUCCGAGCUUGUUUCAUUGAACUCACAACACAUAGGAUAUUGUAAAUCACUCACUUAAUCCCCCGAGUGCCAGAGGGUGAGUAACCAAUGCUUGGCAAUGCAUUGUCCACUGCUCAAAUCUUGAGGCAUCUAUUCAACAGACAACAAUGUAAAAUAUAGGGAUGAUGAAAUAAUGUCGGUUAAACUAGCACUGCUAAGAACUUUAUUUUAAAAACUGUAGAAACUGAUUGGUUGAACAGUUCUGCAUGUUAUAUUAAAUUGUGAAAAGAGUUGGCUCUCAUUCUUUGAAUACAACCACUUCAUGUUUGAAAGAAAAAUAAAAAAACGCACCAAAUAUUCAUCCCAAAGAAUGCUAACGCAUUUCACAUUAUUCUACUUAGAUCAAUACUACCCCAGUCUGCCAACCACUAAACUAGUUACUUAAAAGAUAUUGUAUAUGCAUUUUUCCUUACAAAAAUAAAAUAGCUCAGCCCAGAAGUGUUGCAUUUCUCUCCUACUAAGAAAAUAGGUUUCUGGUUUUUGGUUCUCCUCUUUUAAAGGGCAAAUUUUCAGUUUCUGGUGGGUAUCUCUAGAAAAGAGGAGCAUGCCUCUUUUUUUCUGAAGGUUUUUACUUAUAAUCUCAGGGAUUUCAUAAAAUCCUUGUCUGUAUUCUUCUCCAGAUUCAGAUUUUAGCCUUGGCAAUUCAUAUUUUGUAAUUCAUCAACUGUAAUUCACUCACAGUUAUAAAAUAUUGGAUUUAAUUAGUUAAUGAUAUAAAACACGUGUUCAUUAUCCUUUUACAAUAGAAGCAGACUGGCCAUGUAAUUGGUGUCACUCUAUAAAAAAGUGAUUUGGAAAAUUGGCACCCAUAACGCUUGUGAAUUGCAUUCCCUUGUAGGCUUGCUGAACAUCAUAUAACAUACGGUUUCUAAUCAUCUAUUGAGUCACGUUUAUCCAAAUCUGUCUGUGAAAAUCGAGAGCUUAAUAUUCUGUACCAACCUUGUAAUACCACUUAUUAGAAUGACACUACAACCAGUUACUUCCAUACAUCUUAACAAUCACCCUUGAAGAUCAAGGAGAUUGAGAAUUAAUCAGAUACAUUCG